AUGCAGGAUGAUCCCGAGGAGCUCGCAAAAAGCGAGGUUGUCUUGCCCCUUCUGGAGCUUGCAAUCCAACAAAUGAAAGUGCUGCCGGAUGACGGCGACUCCACGGACGCUUUUUCCAAGACCAGGUCGCGGGUAAACCGCUGGGCCAUUUUGGAGAGGGGGGGAUCUCCCAACCAGGUUUUUCAGAAGGAGUGA